AAAUGACCAAUAUAUAAAUUGGAAGGUUCCAAAAUGGGUCCCGAGCAAAGAUUAGGGUUGUCAAGUGGGCGCAGCAGGAGUAAAAAAAGGGAGAAAUUUUCUCCGAAUUUGGUGUCUGAAUUCCUCUUGCUUGUUGGGAUUCAGUUGGUUGAAAUGGAAACAUCUGAUAGAGAGAGUAAGACUUCGAUGGACUUGAAAAGAAAGCGUCCUGCUGAGGGUGAAGCACAAUUCACCGGCUUAAAACAGAUGCAAUCUCUGCAGUGUAAUGCUUUGGAUGAUUUCCAGAGGCUGAUCAAGAGCGGGAAGUUAAACGCGUCAGUCAACAAGAGUGGUCCGUCUCCCCGUCCUGUCAUGAAGUCUUUGAUUCACUCUUAUUCAAACUUCAUGACCAGUCAAGUCCCUCAACGAAUGAUGUAUUAUCAAGAUGGUCAAUGGUGUGAUUCUCCUCAAGAUUUUAUCAGUCUAAUUAAGAAAGAUUUCCAAUUGAAAAGGGCAGCUACUCUGAUAGAGUUUAAUGGUCGUCAGCUUUUCCUAGAUUUUAUACAUAUGCUGCAAUUGGAUUUGAAAACAGGUUUGCAGCAGUCCAUUGCAUGGAUGGAUGAAUCAGGUCAAUCUUUCUUGCCGAAUUCUUAUGAAGAUAACCAUUUAGAGUCGCCUCCAAACCAUGAUGAUAUUAGGCUUCAGCUAGAGAUUGGGAUAAAUGGAUUCCAUAGCACUAAGGCGCAAGAAUCAAAUGCAAUGCUUCCCAAUCGAGUUAACGAGGUUGAGGUUGAGGUUCAGGUUCAGGUCGAGGCUACACAGAUGGUGGGAAACUUGUCUGAGUUUAUUGAUUCUAGAAGCGCAGAUCCGGACACAGAUACUGUGAGAAAAAUGUUUAUAACGGGUAUGAAUAACAUCAAAGGUAUAGAGAUUGUUGAUAUUUAUCGUGGUUCUAGUGCUUCAAUGGAAGCUCGAUUGGAGUUGUUUCACAAGCAAGUAGAAAUUACCAAAAAGAAUCGAGGUGAUGCAAAUGUUCAUUAUGCUUGGCUUCCUUCUAGUAACGAAAUGCUUUCUAGUACGAUGAUGUAUGGAGUUGGGGACACUAGAAAGCUCAGAUGUCAGUCAAAGUUUGGAGAUUGUGUUCAUUUAAUACCCUUAAGAGGCACUAUUUUUAGUGCAAGAGCUAGUGCUGUUGACAUAAAUGGGGCUCGACACAUGGUAUUCUGUCGUGUUAUUAUGGGAAACAUGGAGGUCCUUCAUCUAGAAUCGGAACAGUUCCAUCCUAGUAGUGAUGAGUAUGAUACUGGAGUUGAUAAUCUUCUUAAUCCCAGACUGUAUAUGAUAUGGAACAUGAAUAAGAACACACAUAUUUUCCCAGAAUAUGUGGUUAGUUUCAAAGUGCAUUCUGAUACUAAAGGAUUUCCUGCUGGGAUUGUCGCCAGACCUCAGUUACAAAUGGCACCGGGAUGUGGAGGAGGAUUUCAAGGAAGGGAUGCUUAUUCUAAACAGAAUUUCUUAUUAUUAUUUGCUGUAAUUGCAAAUAAAAUACCUCCAGCUAGUAUGGUGUUAGUUAGAGAAAGUUAUGAUUUGCUCCAGAAAUUGAACAUUAGUCGGAGUGAAUUUAUCAAAAGGCUAAGGAUGAUUGUUGGUGAUCCAGUAUUGAGGUCUUCAAUUCAAAGCCUACCAAUGAUGGAGCGAAAGUAAAAAAUAAAGAAGAGGAUGAUCCUUUGUAUUUGCAUCUAUUAAGAGAAAAAGGAAUGGAGGAAGAAGAAAGAGAUCUGUGUGCUGCUCUGCUUGUUGUUUUCUUUCUUUCUGGUUCUUCAUUAAACUUUUAGUCAACCUUUGGAUGUGAAAAAAAAACUUUAAUAAAGUGAUAUAUAUACAGUUUACCAUAGUUGAAACAUGUGAAUCAACUUUAUAAUACUUGUAGUACUCAUAUAUGGUUUACUUACCCUACUUACCUUUGUUGAA